CCUUGGCCACCUUACAAUCAUACAUCCUGCGCUUAUUGUUUUGGUUGAUGAGUAAUCUUUGAGAAACUCCGUCAUUCCUUCACGAUUAGAACUUGUAGCACAAGAAAUCCUUCAAAAUGGACUGGCUAUUUGGCAAAAAGAUCAGCCCCGAUGAGAUGCUGCGCAAGAACCAGCGGGCGCUGAACAAGGCGAUGCGGGACUUGGAUCGCGAGCGGAUGAAAAUGGAGCAGCAGGAGAAGAAGAUCAUCGCUGACAUCAAGAAAAUGGCCAAGGAGGGUCAAAUGGAUGCCGUGAAGAUCAUGGCCAAGGAUCUGGUGCGCACACGUCGCUACGCCAAGAAAUUCAUGCUGAUGAAGGCCAAUAUCCAGGCGGUGUCCCUCAAAAUCCAGACACUCAAGUCUCAGAACACAAUGGCACAGGCCAUGAAGGGUGUAACCAAGGCCAUGCAAAACAUGAACCGCCAGCUGAAUCUCCCGCAAAUCCAGAAGAUCCUGCAGGACUUCGAGAAACAAUCGGAAAUGAUGGACAUGAAGGAGGAGAUGAUCAACGACGCCAUCGACGAUGCCAUGGAAGAUGAGGGCGAUGAGGAGGAGACGGAUGCUGUGGUGUCCCAAGUGCUGGAUGAACUGGGACUGCAGUUGGGUGAACAACUAGGAGAUCUGCCCUCUGCCUCGGGAUCUUUGUCCAUUGCUGGAGCAGCUGGCGCCCAGAAAGCCCAAGCUGUGGCCGCCGGAGGAGUGGGAGGCGGUGCAGCAGCUGGCGGAGGAGGGGGAGCUGGAGGUGGCGGUGCAGGGGGCUCAGGAGCUACCGGCGGCAGUGGCGCCUCAUCGCCCAUGUCCGAUGCCGAUGCGGAUCUCCAGGCGCGCCUGGACAAGCUGCGCAAGGAUUGAGCUAUUUGUAAGCACCACUGCCUGCCCAUUCUAUAUAAGAGCCACCGCCCGUUUGUAUCUCCCGAAAGCGAAUGUUAUAUUAAAGAAGAUAAUGCUUGUGUUUUCCGUUC